AUGGUUGGAGAAUCGUCCUCUUCUGCGGGUGGAUCAGGCUCCGCGGUUCGUGUGGAGGAGUUGGUGGAGCAGCUACGCAUCAUGGCGGUGGAGGCGCAUCCGGUGGUCCUGGAUGAUGAAGACGACUUCGAUCCGGUGGCCCCGGAUUGUGCCCUAGUGAGGAAGGCUGACACAACUAGGGUGAUCGACGGCUCGCUAUGGAUGGUGGGCAAGCAUGCGAUGCUUUUCAAGACAGGGGAUGGAGCAACAAGGGCGACGCCAAGGUUUGCGCGGCCAGCGUUGUCCGCCGUCGAAGACCGUGAACGCCGGUGCCCGCCCACCCUCGCCUCGUUCACCGCCAGAGACCGCCUCCCACGGUUCGUCCGACAGCCCUCGCCCGUCGUCCUCGCCUCGUCCGCCCGCCCUCGCCUCGCUCGCCACAGGAGACCACCCGUCCUCACGUCGCCCGCCGCCGGAGAUCGCCGCCUUCGCUUCACUCACCUCCUCCAAGUGCACGUCCCCCUCCUGGCCUUCUCAGGAUCUCCACGGUCUCCCAAGACGAGACGAACGGCGCGGCACGCAGACAUGAAGGCGGCACGCGCUGACAGUUUGGCGGCUCGUGAUUAUUUCGAGAGGCGUGGUGAAUUCGUCGCGUGUUGACCGUGGCAAGACCCACGUCGGCAAAAAAAACACUGAUUAACCGUGCCUUUGAGUGUGGCAGAUGUCCAUACGUCAGCUAAAAGAAAAAGAAAAAAUGUAUACAUACACAAUGCAUGCAGGUGGGCGUUUACUUUUUCGAAUAAUGCACAUCGUACCCUUCGUUAUAAAAGUUACUACCGAAGCAGAAGUGUUAUGUCAACCAAUCUAUACCACCCUUUUGUUAGGGAGGAUCUACCGAAACAGAAGUGUUAUGUCAAUGUGAAAGCUGAAGCGAGUAAAUGUGAAAUGCGCUAGCUGUAACACAUGUCAUUCUAUGAAAACGGAUAAUGAGAACAUUGAAGAUUAUCUUUUUCAGUGGGAGGUAACAUUGAUGUUGAUAGCAAAACAAUUACUCAUUAAUCUUGAAGAUCCAUGCGACUCCAAUCUUCGGUAGACAUUAUUUGUGUGCGUGAAA